GAUCGCAUGUGUGGCCAUCGGAUCCACAAUCACACCAUCGAUUGCUUCUGAGAACAAGUGGACAAUCACUUGAUUCGUGUCCAUCUGUCACAUCACUAUCACUUUCCCUCAGUUUUGGUGUCUCUUUGGACUCAUAUUUUAUAGCUAUUUAGCGGCCGAAGAGUUUAUUAAAAGUGUCACAAAGUGUGAUGUUAUCAUUAAAUGGACUUUGAAGACAAGUAUUGAAGAGUUGGACACAAUUUGGACACAAAUGGGUUCUUUAUUAUCCAUAUUUAGAGCAAAACGGGACACAAAAGCCUUAUUGGAGUCCAUCCACAAUGAGAUCGAGUCCAUCGAAGACCUGAAGGAAAGUGUUUCGAAACGCGAGAAGAACUGCAUUUGUCUCUUCUUCACUGCCUUUGUCAUCAUUUACACGAUCUCUGUAUUGGUUUUCUAUCGGUUCUAUCUUGUGGUCAAUUACUCCAAAGAGAAUAUCAUAGAGAAUCUGCUUUGGCUCUUACCAUUCAUUGUCUCCCCAUUCAUGUGA